UUCAGUGUUACAUUUCUAUUAUUGGUUACAUAGAAAAACUGAAAAAUUUAUGUUUAUUAUAAAAAAUUCUUUUGGUGGGAUUUAACACCAUACAAUAUAUUCUAUUAUUUUUAUAGAUUUAACAUAUAUAGAUUAUAUUAUAUUUAAAUUAUAUAAAGUGCAAAUAAAAACAAAAUGAACAAUACUCUACUUCCCGAUAAUUUAGAAAUAAAUUACAGAAACAAUCAUUAUAAACAUGCUCAAGAUGUAUUAAACAGUAUUAUUUGGUGUUCUAUUUGUAAUUCAGACUUAAAACAGAAUAUCAUCAUGAAUAAAAAAAUUAUGCUUCAUAAAAAAUUUUUAUGUCUUUGUUGUAAAAAUUGUUUUGAAAAAUUAUCAGAUUCAAAAAAUGGAUGUAUAUUAUGCUCACUCAAAACCAAACUUAAGACGUGUAAAAUAUGUAAUAGCAACAUGUGUAAGAGAUGUAUGGAUAGAUACUACAUAAAGCCAAAACGUUCAAAAAAUUUAAAACGUUGUUUAGGCUGUUCAUCAAGUGUCUUAUGGAGUCUUCGAUCUCAAGCAGCUGCAGUUUUAAAAUGUUUUUCACUGGAACUAGGUACUAGGCUUUUGUUAAAUGGCGAAGAGUCUGAAAACAAACAAAAUUUACGUGAAUUCAUAAUAAAAUCGGCAACAUGUAAUGAAAAUUUUACUCAAGACGAUAUUUAUCAAAUUAGAGUCUUGAAUUUAAAUAAUUUAUUAAAUUCAAAAAUUGGAUCAUUGUUAAAUGGAUAUGAAAAAUUACAAACAAAAAAUAUUGAACAAUGUCUUAUUAACUUUGGUGAAUUAUGUGAAAAAAUAUUAGUUAACACUUGUUCACUUAUAUCAGAUUCCCAAUGUUUGUACAAUGAUAAAAUGAUUGAAUCAUUAAAUAACAAAAUUAAAUCAAUUUUGAUUAAUGGUAUGUUAUUUAAAACAACUGACAAUGAUUCAAAAAAAUACUCUAAAGAUCCCCAUAGAAUAGAUAAUUUAACAGAACAUACAAAAAACAGAUUACAACAAAAAUGCAGUGUUUUAUUGGAAAAAAUGGACAAAAAUAUUGAAGACCAAUAUUUUUUAAAGAAGGAAUAUAAUAUUAGUAAACAUACUAAUAAUAAAGAUUCAUUUAAUUCCAAAAAUAAAUUAGUGGAUACACAAACUAAUCAACAGGAAAAAAAUUUAAAUCUCACAUUUCCUCUAAAUUCAAAUGAUGUAUCUCAAAUUUCACUAAAAGAAUGUAGAGUACAAUUAGUAAGGUUUGAUGAAGAAACUCUAAUACAUUAUGCUGGUCACAAAUAUAAAGAUAAGAUGAAUAGUAAAACAGUUAACCACGAAUGUAACAUACAAGAUACUAGUAAAACAACCAAUUUGCAUAAUAAUAGAAUUUGUCGGAGUCCUAUACUUAAAUUAAAAAGUUUUGAUGCAGACAUUAAUAAUUGUGUUAAAAAAGAAUCUAAUAAUAAGUUAAACAGUAAGGCAAUCAAUAACAAAAUUGAAAGUAAUCCAAAAAUAAAUGCUAUGGAAAAAGUUCACGAAAAUAUUCAGCCCAAACAAUGUACUGUAUUAGAAGUAGAAACAUUAGAUAUGGAUGUUAUAGAAAAUGUUAAUCAUAAUAAACAGACAAUCAAAGAAGAAACUGAAAAUAAAACCAAAACAAAAAUAAAAAUCAUCAAAAAAAAAUUUCUCAAAAAACUCCAUUCUUCAAAACAUAAAAAGAUGAAAAGAAAAAAAUUUAAAAAUACUUAAAACUAGUAGUAUUUAUAAUUAUAAAAAUUAAAACAAUGUUGGCCUAUGCACUAUGCAAGGUACCUAAUCAUUUUUGGCUCACUUACCAAAAUGGUAUAAUUAAAGUUUCAAGAAAAUUUCAUGUGCCAAUAAUAAGUUAAUACAUUUAAAAAAAAAAUAAGGUGAACAGAAAUUUAAGAAAAAAUUCCAAACUUAAUGGAUUUUUGUUUUAUAUCUAUUGUAUAGGACAAUUGAACUUCCUACCCCCUACAUAUUUUAUAUUUAAUUUUUGUUCAGUGUUCUUAUCUAUCACUGGAUAUUAUGUUAAUAUUAGAUUUGGAUUUUGUUGGUUUUAAUGAAAAAGAAGCAGAAAUCCAUCCAUUAAUGUAUUCCUUUGUUUUGAUUUUAUCACAUUUGACAUAUAAAAUAGACUUUCUCAUUGAGCAGUGGUGUAACUGGGUAGUGCAAAUGCAGCACUUGCAUCACCACAUUUAAAAUGUGGUGGUGCAAAGGUAUAUUUUUGCACCACCAGAAAACCAUUGAAAUAUAUAAUAAUAUAUAAACAGGUACAAAAUUGUAAUUUUCGUGCAUGUAUUAGGCAAUAGGCAUUAAAUUAUUAUUUUAUCUAUAUUCUAAAAUAGUAAAAUCAAAAAUAUGGUAAUAAUUCAGUACCUGACAAAUUAGAAUCAAAAAUAGAAUACAUAAAACAAAAUGACAUUCAAAAAGGUUUUAAAAGAGGCGUUAAAAAUAUUCCGAACAAUAUCUACUAAUACAGCAGGUUGCGAAAGAUCUUUCUUGUUUAAAGAGGUUAAAAACUUACCUUAAAACAACUAUGGGUCAAAAAAGGCUUAGUAGUUUAGCUACUUUGCAGCUCGAAAAAAAGAAUAAUAUUAAUUUGGACCAAGAAAUUGAUGAAUUCGAUUCGGGAUCUAGGGAAAGAGAAUGUCGUCUCAACUUAAAAUAAAUAAAAAACAUUUUUGACUGUUUUUUUUUAUUAAUAUAAUAAUAAAGGUUUUACUGCUAAAAUAAUUCAAAAUGUAUUUAUUAUUUAAAGAAAUAUAUUAUGGGAAAAUAGAUUAUAGUUUAUAGGGAAGGAUUUUACUUAGGAAGUUGGAUUAUUGGUGUAUUGGAAAUAAUUAUAAGUUGAGAAUAUGCUACUGCACCACCAGAAAUUGGACCCAAUUUACGCCACUGUCAUUGAGUGUAUCUGAAAUGAGCCUCUUUUUACAAAAGCUCUAUUGUUUACUAAAACAACUAUAAAUAAUAAAUAUUAAAAAUAAAAAAAUGUUUUUAAAAGUUUUGAACCUAAGUUUGAAUUGGUUAUAGCAUUGAUUAUAAGUACUAGUACUUUUAAUCAAUAACUAUAGAUACUAACUAUAAAUAAAAGAGUUAAUUGUAGUUGUAGUCUUAUUCUAGGGUAGGACUGGACUGGCCAUAAUAUGCAAGUGUUCUGUAACAUACUGAGCUGGAUCAAUGUUUUAGCUUGGGGGGGGGAUGUUGUAGAAUAUUUAACUAUAUUACUUAUUGAUUAUUAUAGUUAUUACUAUUGGUUUAUCAUUGUAGAAUACUGGGUCAAAACUUCCCUGUCCAAUAUGUUAUUAAAUAAAUGUUUUAGUGAAAUUAAUUAUAUUUUGAUUUAUAUACCUAUUAUUAUAAAAGUGCCAAUUAUUAUUAAGUUAAAUUAAGUUAUACACGAAGUCACGACCUGCUUAUUAAUUUUUUCUAUAGUAUUAUGAAUUUAUGACUAGGAUCUAACUCCUUAGUGUUCAAAAUAUUUAAAUGUAUUUAUUUAUAUAAUAUUAUUUUUUGGUCAUUACAUCUUGGGUUAAUGGUUAAUUUAUAUUUUACUGUUGAUUAUUGAUUUAUUUUUAUGGAAAAAAUGUAAAUGAUUAAAAUUAUUGAAAUUAUUUAAAAUUAUGAUGUAACUAAUCAAAAUUCAUAAAAUAUUAUUAUUUCUGAUUACAGCUGAAAUAUGUUUAUAUUGAUAUAGUAUAUUAUUCAAAUAAAUUUUUAUAUUUUUAUACAACUUCUUUAUACUUUAUACUCUUUUUAGGUAAACCAAGUACAUUACUUUUAAGUUGUAUUUUAUAAUUUUUUUAAAUUAGUCGUGUCUCGUGUCUGUUAUUUUAAUAAAUAAAUUAUUAUUCUGUCCAACUUUUAAUUUACUACUACAUUUUACAAUGAUCUCAAUAAUAUAAGUGUGAGGGUAUUUUAUUCACUUCUAACAUCUGACCAAAUUAUCUGUCCCACUAGGUAGUAAGUACUAUACACCAUACAGUCUAUAUUUUACGAAACUCAUAUAAAUAUUCCUUCAAAACUGUAAUUGUCUGUAAUGAUUUCAUUUUUUAGUGUUACACUAAUAGUGUAAGUUACCUAACCAUCAAAAUUAAUCUAAAGAUAUGCAUAUUAAUAGUGGUCGACAAGAGGGCUUUCAAAAUGAACAUUUUUCUCAGGGUGCAACUUUUGACGAUGACAAACUACUCUGCUAUAAAACUUUGAUUAAUUAAAAAAAAAAAUAUUACAAUAACUUGUAAUAACAACACGGGCUGUAACUAAAGUGCCAGCAGAGGCGUAGGAAAUUCGCAUUCGAACCGGAAAAUUUGUGCGUUUUGUUGAUGAGAGAUAGUGGAAGGGGGAGUUAUCCGUUCGGCCACGGUCGGAUGCGAUCGCCUCGGCGUUCAAUCGAACACGGGUCAAGGGACGCGGCGGCGGCUGCCGACGUCUACCGUCGACGAGCUCGUGUGCGCGGCCUGUUGUGACUUGUGAGCGCGUGGCCGUCGUCCGGACCGUUCUACCGUUGGUGCAGUACUACUUUGCAUUGUAGUUAACAGCGUUCGUGCUUAUAGUUAGGCGCCACCGCGAAAAAGGGUUAUUUUUUUAAUUAUUUCGUUUAUUUUUUCGGGAUAGAGGUGUCGCUACAGAGAACUGUGGUCCAAACAGAA